AUGUCAGAAGAAUUGAAAAUCAGUGUUGAAUCAUUAAGACCUGCACUGUUUGAAGGAUGGGGAAAGAAGCAAGGAGGAUCUGUAAAGACAUGGAAAAAAAGAUGGUUUGUAUUAAAAGAAAAUCGGUUAUGGUAUUUUGCUUCUAAAACAGCUGAAGAAGCAAAAGGAUUUAUUGAAUUACCUCCAGGAACAGAAACAAGAGAUGUAUCACAAAAUAAAAAGUUUAUGUUUUCUAUUAAUUCAAGAAACACAAAAGGGUCUCGUGUAUUUUAUAUUGUUACAGAAAAUUCUGUUGAUCAUGCUACUUUCUUUGAUGCUGUAAGAAAAGUAUUAACUAAACCUUCUCCUUCUUCAAAUACUUCUUCUAUCCCUACUGCUCAAUCAACAACUCCUAUUAAUGUCCCUAAAGUUGAAAAUCAAUUUACUUUACAAGGAAACAAUUCUACAACUGGUCCUUCUACUUCAACUCAACCAGCCACUGCAACAAUCCCACCAAUGGCAGAUACUGUAAAAUAUUCCAAAAUUCACUUCAACCAAAAAUGUGAUGGAAGAAAGAAUAUUAACAAAAUUAAAGCUAAAAUAUCUUGGCUACAAGUUGAAGGAGAAAACGUUGUUGAAUUUUGGAAAUAUUGGAUGGACUCUACUCCUCAAUCAGAUGCUCUUGAAGUUGGUCAAUCAAUUCAAUUUAUGCUUGUUGUAUCAGGAAAUACUGAAAAAUUAAGUUGGAGAGUAUUUGGACCUCAAGGUGCUUUAAUUCAAAAUAUGGUAGAUUUCUUUUGGAAUGUUGGUGCACCUGAUGAGGAAAUUGAUCAUUUAAAUAAUUUAGGAUGUCAAAUUAAUCCAUCUGAAAUUGGUUCUUGGAUUGAUAUGAGUGUAAUGAAUGGUAUGGAUGGAGGAUGGUUCUUUAAAGGUGAUUUGGUUUGUGAUGUUAUUAGAGACACUGCUGAUAAAUGUGAAUAUGCUGAACGACUUAUUACAUGGGCUAAAGAACAUGGAUUAAAUUAUCUUUGUCAAAUGGGAAGAGAUAUGGGAGCAACACCACCUAGACAAUCAGAAUUUAGAUUUAAAUUGGAUGGUGUUAUUUCAUCAAGAAUGGACAAAGUACAUUCUGCAUUUACUACAUUUGGAUUCCCACCAAUACCUGUUAACGUUGUAGAAAUAUUAACCAAUUUACCUCCAGUUUAUACAUAUUUCUAUUUAUGUGUCAUAGUUAGUUCAGAAGGAUUUGUUAAAAUAAGUGUAUUAGUUCCAGCACCUAAACAAGAUGUUGUUGAUGCAUUCUUAUUUGCAAUGAGCGAUGUCAAAGAUACCCAUAUUGCACUUCACAAAGAUAUUACAAAUACUUUAGGAAACACUCCAUUAUUCGUAGAAUAUUGUUAUCUCAAUCCUGGUUAUGGGUAUGAAGUAUACAAAGAAGGGGCAGAUGUACUCGUACAUUAUAAUCUCGGUUCAGAAUCACGAUAA